UACUCAUCAGACUUUUUCUUCUGCUCGGGUGCGUGUAAAAUUUCUCUCACAUAUUCGCUUCCAUCUUACUCACUCACUCACAAGUACAAACGUUCAGAUGGAUAGAUAUCAGAGGGUGGAAAAACCCAAGGCAGAUACUCCUAUUAACCAAAAUGAGAUCCGUAUUACUACUCAAGGAAGAAUGAGAAAUUAUAUCACCUAUGCUACCACUCUCUUUCAAGAGAAAGGAUCUGAUGAUAUUGUUCUCAAAGCAAUGGGACGUGCGAUAAAUAAGACUGUGAUGAUUACUGAGCUAAUAAAGAGAAGGAUUGUUGGUCUGCAUCAGAACACUCAAAUUGGAUCAACUGAUAUAACCGACACAUGGGAACCACUGGAAGAAGGCCUUCUUCCGUAUGGCUUAUUGUUUCCUCUAUGCUGCCCUGUGAAAUUAAUUUUUCUAUGCAUGAGUGUGAUUUUUUUCGUUUUUGUGUUUUACUUACUCAGUUUGGAGACUACUCGUCAUGUUUCAAUGAUCACAAUUACGUUGUCAAAGAAAGAGCUGGAUACAUCCUCCACAGGAUAUCAACCCCCUCUUCCAGCUGAUCAAGUAAAACCUUUAAAUGAAUACGAAGAGGAAGGAGAAGGCUCGCCAAGGAUGCGAGGAAGGGGGCGUGGUCGUGGAAGGGGCAGGGGAAGAGGUAGAGGAAUGUACAAUAACGGUGGUAUGGAUGGUGAUGGUUGGGAUGGUGGGCGUGGUGGUGGCUAUGGUGGCAGAGGGCGUGGCCGUGCAUGGGGUCGUGCUUUCAGGGGACGAGGACGAGGCUUUGGUGCCCAGCCGGUUGGGUAUCAUGACAAUGGUGAAUAUGAUGCACCACCUGCCCCACGUGGCCGAGGUCGUGGAAGGGGAAGAGGUCGUGGACGUGAGGCUGGCCGUGGAGCAGCUGCUUGAUCACCUGGGUGUUGGUUGUCAUGUAUAUGGUCUUGUUAGAAGAGUUAUUUGUUAGAUUUGCAGUUAUUAUUUUUAUAUUAUUUCAAAUGCCCAGUGUUGCAGCCGUGUACCCGCAAUUUUGUUUUUGUAUUCUUUCUCAUGUAACAUCUAUAAUUUUAUGUUCGGCAGCUUGAGUUAGAGGUAGUGUCAAGUGUUAACGGUAGUGUUAACGUUCAGAAUGGUUCUGUCCAAAAGACGACAGUCGUGGUUGCAGUGGUAUGCAACUGUUUAGUUAUAGUUUCAGCUAUUUGUGUCCUAUUUACACACUUGAAUACCAAUUUGUUGUAAUUUGAUUUUACUCCACAAAUUAAAUUUAAUCUAAAUUUUUAAAUGUUUCUCCAA